UAUGGCGGUUCAUCACCGACAGCCGAGCGUCGCUCGGAAGAAAGUUCAGGUGUCCUUUGUAAUCCGAGAUGAAAUAGAAAGAUGUCAUAGGUCAGGAAUCAAUGGUCUUCAAUAUGAUCCAAUCACACAACGAUUAUACACGGCAGGAAGAGAUUCUAUUAUCAGGAUAUGGAAUCCUAAUAUUAUUAAGGAUCCAUAUGUGCAAUCCAUGGAACACCAUACAGACUGGGUGAAUGAUGUCAUCGUAUGCUGUGGGGGUCGAACAUUAAUUUCAGCAUCUUCAGACACAACAGUAAAAGUAUGGAAUGCACACAAAGGAUUCUGCAUGUCAACGCUACGAACACACAAGGAUUAUGUGAAAGCAUUGGCAUAUGCAAAGGACCGCGAGCAUGUGGCAUCAGCGGGGUUAGAUAAACAGAUAUUUCUAUGGGAUGUGAAUACAUUGACUGCCCUUACAGCAUCUAAUAAUACAGUUACAACUUCAUCACUUAGUGGACAAAAAGAUAGUAUAUACAGUCUAGCAAUGAAUUCAGUCGGUAAUGUUAUUGUGUCGGGUUCUACAGAAAAGAUACUUCGUGUGUGGGAUCCACGUACUUGUGCAAAAUUAAUGAAACUAAAAGGCCAUACUGAUAAUGUUAAAGCUUUAUUAUUGAAUAGAGAAGGUACACAAUGUCUAUCUGGUAGUUCAGAUGGAACAAUUCGAUUAUGGUCAAUAGGUCAGCAGCGAUGUAUGUCAACGUAUCGUAUCCAUGACGAAGGUGUAUGGGCUCUACAAGCUAACGACACAUUUACAACAUUCUGGUCAGGUGGUCGUGACCGAAAAAUUUUUCAGACAGAUAUGAGAAUAGCCGAUAGCAGUGUUUUAGUAUGCGAGGAGAGUGCGCCAAUUUUACGCAUGUGUUUAUGUGAUGACCCUUUAUCACUGUGGGUCGCUACAACUAAAUCGAAUAUUAAUAAAUGGUAUUUAAAAAAUAGAAGUUCAAGGUCUUCAGGAGAUUAUGAUAAUAACAGAACUGAACCUAUGAACACACAACCAGAUCUUACAAUAAAAGGAGGGGCCAGUAUUGUACAGUACCAUGUUUUAAAUGAUAAAAGACAUAUAUUAACUAAAGAUACUGAUGAUGUUGUUGCAUUAUGGGAUGUAUUGAAGGCUUGCAGAAUUAAAGAAUUAGGCAAAGUAGAUCUAGAACUAGAAAUUAAAAAUAGAUUCAAGAGAGUAUAUGUUCCAAAUUGGUUCAGUGUUGACCUCAAAAUAGGGAUGCUAUGUAUUCAUCUGGAAGAAAGUGACUGUUUUGCUGCAUGGGUCUCUGCUAAAGAUGUAGGACUUGAACCAAAUGAUGGUGCUGAUGCAAAAGUUAAUUUUGGUGGUCUGUUACUUCAAGCACUGUUAGAGCAUUGGCCAAGAACACAUGCAAUGACACAUCUUGAUGACAUCACUAAUCAUGUGAAUAGUGAUGCAAUGAGCCCAAAUGACAUCAACGUUAACCUAGAACCCAGGAAUGGAAACGGUUACUUCACAGUUCCAAUCCAUACGCCUGUGAUCUUCUCCGAAGUGGGUGGAAGGACGUUAUUCAGGUUAUUGUGUCGGGAUGCUGGCGGUGAAACAGAAGAAAUGUUAUUAAAUGAGACGGUCCCUCUGUGGGUUGUAGAUAUCACUGUAGAUAGAAAUACACCGAAGUUCAAUAAAAUUUCAUUUUACUUACAACCACAUUCCUCAUCUGGAAUUAAGUCACUGAAAAAGGACAGGCUCUCUGCUAGUGAUAUGUUACAAGUCAGAAAAGUCCUGGAACAUGUCUAUGAAAAAGUAAUGGGUGCCGAUAAUGUUUCCCAGACAACAGCAUCAUCCACAGAACGAGGAGAACCAGAAAAAGAUGAAGAUACAGCAUCAAUGGCAGAAGAUAAAGUGGAGCUGUUAUGUCAGGAUCAGGUAUUAGACCCAAACAUGGAUUUGAGAACAGUCAAACACUUUAUCUGGAAGAGUGGUGGUGAUCUAUCAUUGCAUUACAAGCAGAAACCAACAUAACUUAUUUUGUACAGUCUUUAAAUUUAGCUUGCCGGAAUGCAUCCUGACCAACCCACCUAAGAAAAUGCUAUAAACCAAGUACAAUGUGCUAAUGUCACAUCAUUAGCUAUACCAUUGUUUUAUAGGGGGGGCCUGGCCUGAACAUGAGGGGCAGUUUCCCAGAGAUUGUGUACAUUUACCUAUACUAGAUUUUUGUGUAAAUAAUUGAAAACAAGUUUGUAACAUUUGCUUUCUUAUGUAGAACAACAAAUCCUAGAAAUGUACAUGUAUACUCUCUAUAUUUUUUUUAUUUUUAUUAAUUUUAAUUUGAAACCUAGUUGUUGGAAAGAAAUGAGUGAGAUACAGGUUUGAUCUACUAUUUGAAUAUCUGUUUUAUAAUGUUUAUUUAAAUAAUAUGUAAAUUGAAUUGAAAAU